UAUAUCAAGAACACAGUGACGCUACAGAUAUAGACUACGUACUACGCAUCAUUCAUAUUCUUAGUUAUAACGUUUCUAAUUUUACAUUUUCUCUGUGUUUUUGUCAAGUACUUAUCCUGGAAAAACAUUCCGAAAAAAUGCAUCUUUGGUUUGGUCUCCUGUUUCUGAAUAUUCUGACUUUCUUUCAAGAGACACGUGUUUUCACAUUCGUUCUCCAGAAUACGCCACAUUUUAACUCCAGAUGUUUAAAUGAAAAAUUUCUACCAGAAAAGUGUGUUUGUAAAGAUAAUAUUGCUUUUGUAGCCCUUGAAUGCACUAACUUCACUCGACUAGAUGACAUAAACAAAUAUUUUCCAGAACUGGCGAAUAAAGAACACAGUAUGAAUAAACUUGUUCUAAUUGGAGCAAAACUACCCUUUCUACCAAAAUUAGCUCUACAAUGCUGUUUUACUAAGCUGACGAUCCAGGAAUCUUAUGUGCAAGGUUUAGAAAGUGCGGACAGUGAAUUUAUGUUUUCCGAACUGAAAGACACUUUCCGGGAGCUGAAAGUCAUCAGAAGUAAAUACAUGCAACUUUGGUCUUGGGAAGCUUUCAGUGCCCUAGAUAGUCUGACGUUGCUUACAGUAACCGAAUCAGACAUGACUUUAGUUCCAGAAACGUUCAAAAAGAUUAAUUCGAAUUCCCUCUCGAAACUAACACUUUCUAAAAACUAUAUAAAAUACAUUGAUGAAGAGGCAUUUGCUAAAUUUAAAAAACUGAUGUAUUUUGACAUCAGUAACAAUCAAAUUAUGAGUAUUUCUAGAAAAAUGUUCCCUCAGAAGGAUUCGCUGUUAAGAGAGAUAAAUUUCAGCAACAAUCGACUUGAAAAUCUACCAGAGGAUAUUUUUAUCGGAAUGAAUAACAUCAGAAAAAUAAAUCUAGCAAACAACAAAAUAAAAACACUACAAAAGAAGGCAUUUUCUGAAAUACUGGAAAAACUAGUGGAAUUAGACGUAACAGGUAAUCAAAUACGUUGUUGUAAACCUUUAGAGUGGAUGUUGUCACUGAAGGAGAAAGGAACCUCGUUAAAAGGCCGCUGUCACUCUCCCUCUAACUUGAGAAACAAGAACAUCGCUCAGCUUACGGCACAGGAAAUUUGUUGUUGCUGAUUUUUUUAGAUGCUGGAAAUAAUUAAAUAUGCUGAUAUACCUUUUCGACAUUAUAAAAAUACUGUUUUUGUUUUUUCUGAGGCUAAUAAAUUUCGCUUAAUAGAGAA